AUGGGGGCCGCCGAGGAGCACAGCAGAGCAGCAGAACGCUGGUGGAACGACCAGAACGCCAUCUUCUACAAGCACGCGGGGCCCAAGAACGUGCUGGCGCUGGACGACGUGCUGAGCCGAUUGGCGAAGGACGUCUACAGCCACGAGUUGUGCCACGUUCGCGCGCGGAGUGUUUUCGAGGGAUUGGCGGGCAGCCUCGCGGGUCUGCCUGUCUCGAUGCUUCCCCGGCUCCGGCAGUGGCUGGAGAAGGCGGUGGCCGAGGAGCAGCAGGAGAGGGUGCGCGAGAGCAGGGCCAUGGUCUUCGAGGACGACCGACAGAAGAAGCAAGCCUCCCUGGAGAGGACAGGCGUGGAGGAGGCGAGGCAGCACGUGGAGGCGGAGCGCCGCGAGGCCGAUCGCCGCGAGGCGGAGGCCAGACGGCGCGAGGCGGAGCGGCAGGAGGAGGCCGCGCAGGCGGCGCGCCAGGAGGCCGAGAGGGCCGCGCGCCGGGAGGCGGCGCGUCGGGAGGCCGAGAGGGCCAGGAACCUGGAGGCGAAGCGGAAGGCCGAGGAGGCCGCGGCCGCGGCCGCGGCCGCGGCCAGCCUCGCGCGGGAGCAGCGGCGGAGGCAGGCGGCGGAGGAGGACCGAAGAGAGGCGCCGCCGCGAGACGCCGCCGGCAGUGCGGUCCCAAGCCCAGGAGGACAGGGAGAGGUGGCGAGCCAUGAUCGAGGCCGCGAAGCAGCAGGAAGACCUCCGGCAGAAGCGGAAGGUGGCUUCCCGGGAGGGGCCGCCGUGGGCGCUGCUUUGCGAGGCCGAGGACGCCGUCGUAGAAGCAGAGGAUGCUGCCACCGCUGCCAUCUCGAUGGCAUUCUGUAG